AUGGAACGCCCCAACCACACCGGCAAAAUCCAUCCUUCGAUCAAGGACGCAGAAGACAGAUUAGAAUCUCGCCUCGUCGCCAUGCUUGCUCGGAAGGCCAAUCGAGGAUGCAGAUCAGAAUCUGUUAGGUACAGCUCAGCAAUUAAACCCAGCGCAGUACAGUCCUGCCGAAUUAGUGGAAUGAGUGCUCAAGGAUGGAAAGUGGAAAUUCAAAGGAAAACAAAGAAGGAAGGAGGGAACGGCUAUUGGAACCAAAAAAGGAAGGAUCAAACGGCUAGAAUCAAGAGGAAGGUGAAUAUAAGGCCAAAGAUCAACCAAGAAAUGCAGACUUCUCCAUUGCAACAAACUGAGAGUACAAAAAGUGUACGAGUUGUUCUUGAGAUAAGUCAGCACAGGAACAUGGGUGGUUUCUGGGUUCUGAUAUAG